AUGGCGACCUCAUGCUUCCAUGCAUUUCGCCUUCGAAGAUCAAAAAGCAAAUCUUUACCAGUUCCUUCUUCCUCAAAAACCCAGUUGAAUUCAGACAUGGAGACCAUGGAGAGAAGAAGAUUUGACAGCUUAGAAUCAUGGUCUAUGAUUCUUGAGUCUGAGAAUGUGGGAACGUGGGAGACUUCAAAAGAGGAUCAGGAAGAGUGGACUGCUGAUCUUUCACAGCUUUUUAUAGGUAAUAAGUUUGCUUCUGGUGCUCAUAGUAGGAUCUAUAGAGGGAUUUACAAGCAGAGAGCUGUUGCUGUGAAAAUGGUGAGGAUACCAAAUCAGAAAGAGGAAACCAGAGCCAAGCUUGAACAACAGUUUAAGUCUGAGGUUGCCUUGCUUUCACGUCUCUUUCAUCCUAAUAUAGUUCAGUAUUCUUAUAUUGAUAUCAAUUAUUCUGUUUUCUUCUCCAGAAACUUAUAA